AUUUUCUUUCAUUCAUUGAUUCUCAUCCUUCAUUGAUUCUCUUCAUUGAUUUAUUCAUUCAUUUCUCUAUUCAAGAAGACACUGUCCAGUUUCUGUCUGUUUGUUGUAUUAGAGCAUUUUAAUAAAAACCUACAGACAUACUCUCUUUACUUCAUUCUCAUAACUAGAUUUGUUCUUUCAUACACUCUAUCUACUCAAUCCUGCUCUCUGUACAGCAUAUUCUCGCCAACUUUAUCUCUUCUUUUCUAUACAUAUCACCAUAUACCCAUUAAUAAUGUCCGUUCAGGAUAGACAGUCCAGUCCUCAGGGUGCAACAGAUGGAUAUAAACCCGGAAUAAUGAUUGUGGGUGCUGGCCUUGGAGGACUAACACUAGCCAUGCUCUUUGAGCGACUUGGUUAUCCUUAUCAUGUCUUUGAACGCGCCACAAAACUUCGUCCUCUUGGCUCUGCAAUGACGUUGGGGCCAAACAUUCUUCCUGUCUUUGAGCAGCUUGGUCUGUUAGAGGAGAUUGAGAAGAUGUCUUUCCCUUGUCCAGCUUUGGAGAUUUACAACCAUGAUAACACUAAAUUUGGCUCUGUCAAAUUAAUGGGGCGAAAAGGGACUGGAUAUGACAACUUACUGUUUGAUAGACCUCAGCUUCAUCAAUUGUUACUGAGGCAAAUACCUCCUGAAAGGGUUAGUUUUGGGAAAAAAGUGUUGCGGGUAGAAGAACAGGACGAUCGAGUGUUCAUACAUUGCUCCGACAACUCUACAUAUGAAGGUGAUAUCCUCAUUGGGGCCGACGGUGCAUACAGUGGAGUACGUCAAUCUCUUUACCGAAGCUUAAGAGAAAAAGGGCUCCUUCCAAGAGCCGAUAGUGAAGAUUUUGCUUUGGCUAAUAUCUGCAUGGUCGGUGUGGCUGAUCCACCUAACCCUGAAAAAUAUCCGCAGCUCAAGGAUGACUAUUCACAUUUUUCAACCACUCUAGGAGAGAAUAUGAGAGCCUGCACAGUAGUCAGUAUCCCAGGGAACCGAGUCUGCUGGUCAUUGACUGUACAGCUGUCAAAAGCAGAGGCCAAAGCCCAGCACUUCCGUAACUCGGAAUGGGGACCUGAAUCGAAUGAAUCUAUGAUCAAGGAGUUCCAAGAUUUGCCCUGUCCAUGGGGAGGUACCAUGAAGGAGAUCAUCGAAGCCACCCCUAAAGACUUGAUUUCCAAAGUUUUCUUGGAAGAGAAAAUGUUCAAGACAUGGUUCCAUGGUCGAACAGCUCUUUUAGGUGAUGCAUGCCACAAGAUGCUUACUGGAGCCGGCCAAGGUGCUGUCAACGCCAUGCAGGAUGCUGUUGUUUUAGCAAACUGCAUCUACAAUAUGCCCAACACCAGAACCAAGAGUGUCACUGCAGCAUUUGGGGAAUACUAUCGUCAACGAUAUCCCCAAGCAGCUCAAAAGUUCAACGUCAGUAAAGAAUGGUCCAUGGUGAUGUUUGGACAGACAUUUGCAGCAAAAAUCACUCGACACAUCAUGGUGAACACACCGGAUUGGCUGUUCCUCCGGACUCAUUCCAGAAACUUUGCUUACCGUCCUCAGCUUGCCUGGCUUCCGCUCGUUGAGAAUCGUGGGCCGCUACCUGUGCACCCACAGGAGGGUGUUCGAAAACCACUCUCACAAAGACCCAUCCUACAAUCACGAUCGUCCACAAAUACCGCGGCAACAAUUGAAGGACAGGAACAAGCAGCACAAGCAGAGGCGGUUUAGAUUGAAAGUUAGAGUUAUGACAGGGUUACAACAUACAUCUUUACAUCUUAUGUAUACUAUAUACAUUUAUUUCCAAAUAGCAUUCUCGCAUUUUUAUUUUUAUUUUUAUUUUUAUUUUUAUUUUUAUUAUUAUUUUUUGUAGAAUAAAUACACGCU